AUGGCUGGGAUUUGUUGUGGUGUUGUUGGAGAGACUGAACCAUCGGCACCGGUUGAUUCGACUUCUCGAGCUUCUCUUAGACGGAGGUUAGAUCUACUCCCGUCGAUCAAAAUCGURGCUCCUCCGCUUGAGAGCUGCCGUAAACGUCAGAAACGCGAGACACCACCGUCGUCUCUGCUUUCGACGUUACCGGCUAACGGAAAUCUAGAUCUGGAAUCGAAUGGUCGGAAAUCAGAGAAGGCCGGAUCGGCGGUUACGGUUAAGAAUUCAAAUCCAGCGACGGAAACAGAGAGCUGUUUCUUCUCCGAUGUGCCUAAAAUCGGAACGACGUCGGUUUGUGGCAGGAGGAGAGACAUGGAAGACGCCGUUUCGAUUCAUCCGUCAUUUCAUCAACGAAACUCCGAGAAUCUUCAUUUCUACGGCGUUUUUGACGGCCAUGGCUGCUCUCAUGUUGCGGAGAAGUGUAGAGAACGAUUGCAUGAGAUAGUGAAGCAAGAAACUGAAGUUAUGGCCGGAGAUGAGUGGAAGGAGACGAUGGUUAAGAGUUUUCAAAAAAUGGACAAAGAAGUUAGCCAACGAGACUGCAACUUACCUGUUAACGGUGCAACUCGGAGCAUGAAAAACUCCUGCAGAUGCGAAUUGCAGUCACCUCAGUGCGACGCCGUCGGAUCCACCGCCGUGGUAUCCGUCGUCACACCGGAAAAGAUCAUCGUCUCAAACUGCGGCGACUCUCGCGCCGUGCUUUGCCGUAACGGUGUAGCCAUACCUCUCUCUUCAGAUCACAAGCCGGAUCGACCCGAUGAAUUGAAUCGGAUCCAGCAAGCGGGUGGGCGGGUUAUCUAUUGGGAUGGAGCUAGGGUUCUUGGAGUUCUUGCUAUGUCCAGAGCAAUUGGUGAUAAUUACUUGAAACCAUAUGUGAUUCCGGAUCCGGAGGUAACCGUUACGGAUCGAACGGACAAAGACGAGUGUUUGAUUUUGGCGAGUGAUGGACUUUGGGACGUUGUACCGAACGAGACGGCGUGUGGCGUGGCUCGCAUGUGCCUCAAAGGUGCUGCGGCUGCGGACGGAGGAGAUUCGGACACGGCGCAUAACGCGUGCUCCGACGCGGCGUUGCUUUUAACGAAGUUGGCGCUAGCGAGACAGAGCUCCGAUAACGUGAGCGUCGUGGUGGUGGACCUGAGGAAGAGGAGGAUUCAUAAUAAUGAGAAGUCAUAA